AAGGUAAAACCCCAUAAUUAAUUUCUUCAAGUUUUGCCGGUUGAUGCCCCAAUUUGAUUGUCUGAAAAUAAAAAAACUGGCCAAUAAAUUCGUCUUCUUCACUGUAAAAUUUGCAAAGAAGCAUCAGUACAAGUUUCUGGAAUUUGAGAUCACGAUGACGGUGGCGUAGAUGUUGUCCGCCAUUGUUUUUUGAGUUGCUGGUGCAGUGUAGGCACUUCAUUGUGUUAUCGAUCACACUGAUCAAGACUUUCUCGGAGAAGCUAGUUGUUUGAGUUUUAUAAGAGAUGCCCGGGUCAACACUCCGUACAAGACGCCGUAACUGUUACGGGGUGCAAUUCUGUGCAGUUGCCGCAGCCCUGCUUCUCCUCCUUUCAGUCUCUCUUCUUUACAGCCGCCUCACCUCAAACCGGAGAGGCUCUUUACUACAGGAUGGAGUUUCUGUCUUUGACGAUCCUUUCAUUGUUGAGGAUCCACUACUUGAAGAUUCUGAUCCUGACCUACUAAGAGCCACUUUGUCCGAUGACCGCAUUGAUGAGCUUGACAUCAUUGAUGAUGACUCCAAGGUUUCCAAUGAGGAGGAGAUCCUAAGGGGUCUAGAAUCUGAAGGGGAGGAGAAUGAGCAUUCUAAAGUUUUUUCUACUGGAUCUUCUGGUUACUACUUCGAUCACGUGUCUCAUGUUAUUCGCCGUGUGUUUGAUGGGAAAUCCAUCGAUGAGUUUGACCAGUGGGAGGCUCAUGCUACGAUGUUUGAUGUUGGGCUUGCUUCCGAUGAUGAAAAGCUGAGCAAGGUUGCAUUUGGUUCAGAUGAUGUGCCUGUAGAUGAGGAGGUGAGAAGGAAGGUGCUAAAAGCUAACAACAUUGAGGAUGCACUUCUGUUAAAGUUGGAUUCCCGUGGUUCACCGCUGAGGGAGGGUUGGGCAGCUUGGUUCGAUUCCAAGAGUGUUUUUCUGAGGAAAGAUAGGAUGUUCAAGUCCAGCUUGGAGUUGUUGAAUCCCGUGAACAAUAUGCAUUUGCAGGAUCCCGAGGGGUCGGGUGUGACUGGACUUACGAAAGGAGAUAAGCUUGUGCUGAAGGAAAUGCUCCACGAGAUGAAGAAACAGAAGCCUUUGGGGGUUCCAAAUAUUGAAUCAGAGAAAGCUAAUGUUGAAAAUUCAGCUAAAAGGCGUAGUAAAUGACAAUUGACAAUCUCAAGAGGACCUGGUUUAAGGAAGGAGUAAUCAAAAAGGAAUUUUGGCUGCAGUGCAUUAGAUAUUAAUUUGGAGCUUUGGAGGUAUGGCUGAUUGGUCAUUUGUUAUAUUUUACUCCGCAUAAUAGAAUGCUGAUUUUGAGUGUGCAAGAAAAGUAGUAAGUUGAGGUUUGUGUGCUAGCUGAAAAUACACAAGAAGAGUAUGACCCUGAGUUCUGCAUGAAACUUACUUGAAUACGGAGUAUUUGAGAAGCGAUUAGGAACCUUUUUUGGCUCGUUCCGAUUGACCACGAGUUUUGACUUGGGGGAGUGGUGUGACCUAAUUAAUGUAGCUUGGUUGUAUGUUGGUUUGGUUUUUGUAAUUGUAGAAUGCUUCCCAAUCUUCAUGACAAUUAUCAAAUAAAGUGUUAAUACUUUACCUGGCACAGUUUUUAUGCAAGA